UUCUGUUAUUAAAGGUUACUGAAGCGGGGAAAAAUGAGAAACUCUCUGUUUUUGAUCUGCAUUUUUCUGUGCUGCUGGUCGACACAUGGGGAAGUCUUCACCUCCAUCGGUCAAAUGACUGAUUUGAUCUACACAGAGAAGGAGCUGGUCCAGUCUCUGAGGGAAUACAUCAAAGCUGAGGAGUCAAAGCUGGAAGCGGUCAAAAGUUGGGCGAGCAAACUUGAUGCUCUGACCAGAAUAUCCACGUCUGACCCUGAGGGCUACCUGGCCCAUCCAGUGAACGCCUACAAACUAAUGAAAAGGCUGAACACGGAGUGGUCUGAGCUGGAGACCCUGGUGCUUCAGAAUCCAUCGGAUGGCUUCAUCAGCAACAUGUCCGUACAUAGGCAGUUCUUUCCUGAUGCUGAAGAUCAGACCGGUGCUGCCAAGGCUUUGAUGCGUCUUCAGGACACAUAUCAACUAGAUUCAGAAGCGUUCUCCAAAGGAAAGCUGCCAGGUGUUCACUCUAACGCCGUCCUAACUGUGGACGAUUGCUUCGACAUGGGAAAGACAGCCUACAACGACGCCGACUACUACCACGCCGUUCUGUGGUUUCAGCAGGCUCUGAAGCAGCUGGAUGCUGGAGAGGAAGCUGUGGUCCACAAAGCAGAAAUCCUGGACUACCUGAGCUACUCUGUUUACCAAAUGGGGGACAUUGCUCGAGCUAUUGAGCUCACACGCCGGCUAGUGUCCAUCGACCCAACCCAUGAGAGGGCAGGAGGAAACCUUCGUUACUUUGAGCGACUGCUUUUCAAACAGCUUAAUGAGAUGAACCAAACCUAUCAGCCCGCCUCUGAAGAACCCAUCCAGCUGGGGACCUACACUCGACCUAAGGACCAUCUGCCAGAAAGAGAGGCCUAUGAGGCUCUGUGCAGGGGGGAGGGGCUACAAAUGACUGAGGCAAGACGGAGCCGUUUGUUUUGUCGGUAUCACAAUGGUAAUCAGAACCCUCGUCUCCUGCUGAAGCCAAUGAAGGAGGAGGAUGAGUGGGACAGCCCCCAUAUUGUUCGCUUCCUGGAAAUGCUGUCAGAUGAAGAAAUUGAGAAAAUUAAAGAGAUUGCAAAACCCAGGCUGGCCAGAGCUACUGUCCGUGAUCCCAAAACAGGAGUUCUCACCACAGCCAACUACAGAGUAUCAAAAAGUGCAUGGUUGGAAGGAGAGGAGGACCCUGUGAUUGAAAGGGUUAAUCAGAGAAUACAAGACAUCACUGGCCUCACAGUAGAAACUGCAGAGUUACUCCAGGUUGCUAACUAUGGUGUUGGAGGACAGUAUGAGCCACAUUUUGACUUCUCAAGGAAAGACGAGCCUGAUGCUUUCAAAAGGUUAGGCACUGGAAAUCGCUUGGCAACAUUUUUAAACUACAUGAGUGAUGUUGAGGCAGGAGGUGCUACGGUCUUCCCUGAUUUUGGUGCAGCAAUCUGGCCAAAGAAGGGAACAUCAGUGUUCUGGUAUAAUCUUUUUAGAAGUGGAGAAGGAGACUACAGAACCAGACAUGCAGCAUGUCCAGUGCUUGUAGGAAGUAAAUGGGUGUCAAACAAGUGGAUACAUGAGCGUGGACAAGAAUUCAGGAGACCAUGCGGCCUCACAGAAGUGGACUGAAGGUUGCCUCACGUCUAUACCCAGCCUCUUUGGUGCCUGUUUCGGUCAAAAUUUUGCAACCAGACACAUAGCCAAUGGUUUGCAGGGAAUCCUACAUCAAUGAGGCGAAGUUCCUCAACUUCCGUUCUAUAUGAUAAUUUAAUCAGAAAAAAAAAAGAAAAAUUGAUAUCAAUAUCUACAUUAAAAACUAAAACAUAACCAACACUCAAUUUUCUCAAGGAUUUAUUUUCAGAUAUAUACUAUUUAUUUAUUUUUCUGGUCAUUUUCUCUAUUGAUUAAAGCCCUAAUGGUAUAACGUAAGCUUUCGGAUGAACAUUUUCCUUUAAUUGUGCCAAUUUAGUAGCUUUUAUGGACCUGCAGAGGACCAACUGUCUAAUUGAUUUGAUGUGUUUGUCAAAUGGAUUCACCUAGUUUAUGUUUUAUAAACUUUACCUAUGCUGACCUUUGCCUUGAUGUUUUUUUUUUGUUUUUUGUUGUUCUUUUUGUUCUUUUGUAACUGCUUUUUAUCUGGUGCUGAAAAAGUUCAACACUUAAAAGCAUUUAAAAAAUUUUUGCAUUGAAAUUUGGUCUAGAAAUGUAACAAUUCCCCUGCAAAGUGCACACAAACCCUUUCCACAAAUUAUGUAUAUUGUUUUUAUUUAUAGUGUGUUUAAAUGAUGACAUUUUGUAUUCUCAUUCCUCAAGAUGGCAACCAAAAAGUCAAUAAACAGUGUGUU